CCGUCAAGCAGAAAGCACGCGUGCUCCUCUCCGCGAGCGACCGACGCGCACGUGCGUGACCAGGAAUACCGAUUCGAAGCCGGCAAGUGGUUCCUGGGCCCAUCGCGACUCCAGCAUCCCGAUGAACUGGUUGGAGGCAAAAACCGAGGAACGAUGUCUGGCUAUCAUGAGUGUCUAGGAACCCCUUCAGCUUGACCCCACCGAGAUGGACUUCUGCAAGAGCCACAGGUUCCUCCGCGUUCUUCCGCAACCCCGAAGACGCGUGGUGUGGUCCUGGCGAGCGGAGAACAGCACGUACUUCCGGUUCACGGAGAACGACGACAUCGAGGAGUGCCUGGUGGAGCUCGUCAACGUCUCCGUCCCACUUGUCGCGAUUCUCGUCGCGUUAAUCGUCGUUCUACGAUACAAGUGCAGCAAACAGCCGAAAGAUUGCAGGAGUCUACUGCCAUUUCAUGUAACGAGGACACUCUUGUGCAUGGCAGUGUUAACAGUGCUUUUUCUGGAGCUCUGCGAGUCCCUGCUCACGUCGAUCUCUUGCUCCUCGAUCCUUACGAUCGUAGCCACCCUUUGCUGCUGGAUCCUUCACAGGGAGACCGAGGUCAGAAGUGGUUUUGGGACCGCCAUAUCUGCUGGGAUCUUCGCUGCGAUUGGUUUAUCACGAGCAUGGAAAUUCAUGUACUUCUCUAGAUGUGGUCUAUCCCUCGAACACGUUCGAUUUGCAACCACCAUGAUCACCGCCAUUUUCUCUGGUCUCUUCGCUGUUUUGGACUCUUACACGAUCUACCUUAUGACGAGGAGGAGGAGAAGCCACUUGAUCAGCCGAGGGGUAUGUGGAAGAACGGUGUACAAACACGCAGAGGCGCCGUUCCUCGACAGGAUCACCUUCCAUUGGGUGAUCGACCUGCUGUCCAAGGGAUACGGCACGCCCCUGGAUAACCAGGACCUUGGACAACUUCCUGAGGAAGAGACCACUAGACGCCAGUUCGAGAAGUUUCGAAAGGUCUACGAGGAGUAUAAGAAGAGAAAUGAGAAGCUGUCUCUCUGGCGAUGCUUUUGGAAAAAGAUAUGGUGCCCGUUUGCCAUUGGAGGGCUAUUAAAAUUGCUGGGGGACGCUACAACCCUUGUGGGACCAAUGUCUAUUUCCAAAAUCCUGGACUACGUCUCCGUCUCCCAAAAUGGAACAAUGAAUCGAAACACUGUGACUGCCAUGACGUUUCCUGAAAUCCUGCAAAAUGGUUAUUUUCUGGGCCUUCUGGUGUUCUUCUUCUCCUUGCUGCAGAGCACUCUGAGCCAGACUUCCACUCACAUCCUCUGCGUUGAAGGAAUCCGCUUGAAGACUGCUCUUCAGGCGCUGUUGUACGAUAAGGCUUUGCGUUUGUGCUCGUGGAGCAUCGACGAGGAGGAUAGUCCACCAGACAAGGAAAAGGAACAGAAUAAGUGUCAGCAAUCAGCUGAUAUAGGAACCUUAACCAACCUUAUAUCAGAAGACGUGUAUAACCUGAUGAGCUUCUUCUGGAUUGGACACUAUACAUGGGCAAUUCCAUUGAAGAUCACUGCAAUAAUUUUUCUUCUCUACACAAAAUUGGGCAUCAGUGCAAUCAUUGGGGCAUUUUGUUGCAUAUUAAUAGUGACGCCACUGCAAUUAAUCCUUGGAAAGAAGAUGUCGGAAAAUUCCAAGUUGGUCGCUAAGAGCAGCGAUGCCAGGCUACGCUUGGUCAACGAGAUCUUCCAAGGGAUGAGGCUGGUGAAGCUCAGAGCCUGGGAAAAUAUCUUCGAGGAGAAGAUAAGAAGAACGAGAGACGAUGAGCUGAAGAUGCUGGACAAAGAUUCUUUCUAUUGGACCCUCAUCAACUUUCUUACUCAUGCUUCGUCGGUCCUGACGACACUUUUCACUUUUGCCGCUUACUUUUGGCUGGAAGACCGAAGUCUCGAGCCCGGAAACGUGUUCGCUAGUCUGGCUCUGUUCUCGCAGCUCACGGUGCCUCUCCUCAUCUUCCCCGUUAUGAUACCUAUCAUCAUCAACGCUAUGAUCUCCACGAACAGAAUGGAAGAGUUUCUUCAACUUCCGGAGAUUGACAACGUGUUGCCUAAUUUUGAUGACAAAUCCGAGAUCGCUGCAUCGUCACAGACCAAUUCUGUCGAAGAAAGUACCGUGGACACCAUGAAGACACACAACACGCCCACUUUUGGAUCACUGGACAACAUCAAAGAGGACGAAGAGGAUGGACAAUCCUGCGGCUUGAAGGACUAUACUUUAGACAUACACUCUUCCGUGGACACAGUUUUCGAGAAAGACCCGGAAGUUCCAGUGCUUAGAAUGAAGGGUUGUGGAUUUUCCUGCGGAACAGAGGAAAGUCUGCUGUCAAUAGCCGAUCUUAGCUUUCCACGUGGUCAGCUGACUUUAAUCGUCGGGAAGACAGGAAGUGGAAAGACUUCUUUGUUACUGGGAAUGUUGGGAGAGAUCCAAAGAACAGUGGGGUCGAUCGAGUGGGCUAAAGACUCCAAAGUGGCGUACGUGGCUCAGAGACCCUGGCUCCAGAACACCACGCUGAGAGAGAAUAUUCUCUUCGGCUCUCCGUACAAACUGAGGAAAUACAGAAGCAUCUUGAAGGCUUGCGCCUUGCAGCCGGAUGUGGACAUUCUUCCUGGUCGAGAUUUCACGCGGAUAGGUGAAAAAGGGAUCAAUUUAAGCGGUGGUCAGAAGCAGAGAGUGACCAUAGCUAGAGCACUCUACAGCGACGCGGAUGUUAUAAUAAUGGAUGAUCCACUGUCUGCGCUGGAUCAUCAAGUUGGACAGCAGAUCUUCGAUCAGGGGGUGCGGAAGCUGCUGCUGAGGAGCGGACGCACGGUGAUCAUGGUUACUCAUCGCCUGGAACUGUUAUCCACUGCUCAUCAAGUGAUCGUUAUGGAUGGCUGCCGAAUUCGAGCAGUCGGGACGAAAUCAGCGAUCGAGGACUCUGAUCCGGAAUUGGCAAACGAGUGGAAGAAGACUGAGACGAGAGGAAACGAAGGACGUGCUCAUAGGACAGCCAAGGACAGAUGGUCUUUGAUCAAACUGGUGUCCAGGAUCGGUAUCAAUGCGAAGAACAAACGACCUAGCGAUGGGUCGUGGGUCACUGACCGUGAUGCUCACGUGAAUCCUCCGAGUUUCGUACCGUUAAGGAUGCGAAGAACGACCCUGUCUGGGUCGAGGUACUUGGCUCACGAUCUGACAGACCUGCCAGUGCCCACGGAAGAAUGGAAUGUUGGGAAGAAACGAUUGAAAUUGCAUCGAAACGCUGUCAGGUCGACCAGUCUUCAGCCUCAGAGACAGCCACCGCCUGUUCUGCGACAGAGCAGCACUCCGACGAUCCUUGAAAGCCAAUACGUCGUUCCUAGGAAAAGAAAUAACACCAUUGAUACUGGACAACGAAGCAGCGUGUUGAGACAAUUGUUCUCUGGCGGGAUCAUUAGCCCACAUCCUGACGAAAUAUCAUUAAACGGAGACAAAAGCGUCCUGCGAAGAUUGAUACCCUCCAGUUCCAACAGACAAAUGCAGUAUAGCGUUAAAAAAACUAGUCAAGAUCAGGAUAAUGAUAAUUUUCCCGUCAAACGAUUACUAUCGACGGAAUCCAGAGGAACUAACGAAUCGGAUGAAGUUGAUGGAGACUGUGAUGAAGAUGACCAAGAUGAAGACCCCCUGUACGAGGAUUUAAGUGGAAUAGUCACUAGAAUGAUCUUCUGUGACUACAUAAAGGCUGGAGGUUGGAUACCAGGUCUAAUUUACAUAGGAGUAGCCAUUUUCUGCCAGACUCUGCGAGUGUAUAUCGAUCUCUGGUUGAGUCAGUGGACAGACGAAGACAACGUGAACCUAAGCCAAAAGAGUUACAAUACCGUGUUCUAUUUCAAAGUCUACAUCGUCCUUUCCAUUGUCUUCAUACUCUCGUCCUUCGUGUGCAAUGCAACUGGUCAGUGGACAGGUGCCAGGGCAAGGAAGAAAUUGCACGAGGAAGCCGUGUCGAGGCUUCUCAGAGUGCCAAUGUCGUUCUUCGACUGCAACCCUGUUGGAAAAAUCCUGAACAGGUUCAGCGCAGACACAGGCGUCAUAGACAAAAAAAUAUCUAUGUCGAUCCAAAGGCUGACAUUCUUUGUCCUACUUUGCGGCUCUGCGAUGAUAGUGAACGUUAUCAUCUCACCCUGGUUUUUCAUCGCUGCUAUACCCACGUGUGCAGCUUAUUAUCUUGUCCAAAGAUUCUAUAGACGCAGUGCUAAACAUUUGCAAAGAUUAGACGGCAGUACAAGAUGGCCGAUCACAACGCAUUUCUCCGAAACCCUUUAUGGACUAGCAACGUUGAGAGCUUCGAAGCAAGAGAAUCGUUUCAUGGAGGAGGCAAUGAAAUGCUUAGACUCUAAUACGAACGCGUUCCUGCUCCUGAAUUCUAGCAGUCGGUGGUUGGGUAUCGCUCUGGACUAUCUAGGCGCUGUGAUAGUGGGCUCCGCGACACUCGCAGCUUUAAUUUCUGCGGAAUUAUAUCCAGAUCGUGUUACGCCUGCUCUAGUUGGCCUGGCGAUUAAUUACACCCUGCUUGUGCCAAUUUACUUGAAUUGGGUGGUGAAGUUCACCGCGGAGACCGAGAUGUAUUUUGGUAGCGUAGCUAGGAUCUCCACUUACAGAUACGCUCCUGUCGAAAACUACCAACAGAAAGUCUCCCACGUACCUGACAAUUGGCCCAGUCGAGGUGAAAUUAUCUUUGAAAACGUCUCCCUGAGAUACGUUUCACAAAGGGAGCCAGUGAUAUCGAACCUGACAUUGAGAAUUCCAGCAGGCCAGAAGAUUGGAAUCUGUGGAAGGACCGGAAGUGGCAAGUCUUCGACAGUGAUGGCGCUGUUUCGAUUAUUAGACAUUACCCAUGGACGAAUAUCAAUCGAUGGUAUAGACGUUCGUCAAGUUCCCUUGGAAGUCCUUCGCUCGAGACUUUCGGCCAUUCCUCAGGACGUGAUCAUGUUCAGUGGUACCAUUAGAGAAAAUUUGGAUCCUCUGUCAGAACACGUGGACGAAGAACUCUGGACUGCCUUGGAGGUGGCCCAAAUCAAAGACACCGUGGCUUCUCAUCCCGAAGGUCUCAACUUCGAAGUGAAAGAAGGCGGUGAGAACUUCUCUUCCGGUCAGCUGCAGCUGCUUUGUAUGGCGCGAGCGAUCCUCCGGAAGUCGUCGAUCGUCGUCCUUGACGAAGCAACCAGCGCUCUCGACGCUGUCACUGAAAAGAGCCUCUUGAAAGCGGUCUCGACCGCCUUUAGGAACAAGACGGUGAUUGCUAUCGCGCAUCGGGUGUCAGCGUUGCUGGGCUGCGAUCGGGUGAUCGUGUUCCACGACGGGAAGAUCGUCGAGGAUGGAUCGCCCGUGGAUCUGGCGCAAAGGCAGGGUGGAUUCUUCGCGAAUAUGUUGAUGUCCAACGAGGAGAAUCAAGUGGCUGAUCGCUGAGGAGAGACAAGCAAGGAACAGCGAUAACGAUACAAUCGAAAGACUGGGAUAGACGAACGUAUCUACUAUGUUCGAUCACAAAGUAUUUAUUUUUGAUAUGGACGAUAAAUAUAGGAUAUAUAGCGAUAGAAAUACCUGAAAUAUUUUUGUAAAUACCAUCGAGAUACACUACAGCGAUCGUUGAUCGAUCUGAGACAGAUUUCG